GCAUUUGAGAUUUGUUAUCCUUUUGAACUGAAAAGUGCGCGAGCCGCUCUUUUAAUCGUGUUUUGUUUUCUUCAGCUUGACAAAUUUUCCAUACCGAAUAAAUUCUAAUCUGAAUUAUUUUUUGAAGUGUACCUAUCUUUGUUAUUGUUAUUUUGAAGUUGAGUACACCUGUUGCUUUCCACAAAAACUCACACAACUUUAUUAAAACUACGUAGUGUAAUUUAAAUCUCUUGCACGAUUCUGAUAGUACAAUGAAAAAUGGUACCCAUCGCCUUGAAGCAUAAUUUCUACUGCCUUACGACAGUUUCCAUGAAGAUGUCCUCUCUGAAAUUACAUUUUAAGUAAUCAACUGUUUGCAAAAUGGAUUUACAUCUGGAUUAUAGUGAUAAAAAGCACUUUUAUUCUUUCAUAACGGAUGUACAACUUAAGAGUGAUAUUUUUCAAAGUUUCCCCAUUAUUUUGAGUGAAAUUACUUUCACUAAAGGGCCAGCUAAAUAUUUCAGAGUUUUGUCAAAGCUACUUAAGGUUUUAUAGAUGUGUUCUUCUCAGAGCUAGCAAAACAAUGGCAAGUUCUAUGUCAUUGGACUCUUGUGACUUUUCUGUCUUUACUGAUUCAUUUCCUUCAAACAAUGUUCAAAACUGCUUUAAGGGAUCUGAUACUUUUGCCAACAUCUCAACAGAACAUUUAUUAGAAAAUGGAAACCUUAAUAUCCCAGAAAUGUGCCCUAAAUUAUUUAAUGAAGGAGUUAUUAAUAAUGUUUCUAAUGCUAAAAAAAUAUCUGAGCCUUCUCCUAAACAUAUUCCGAACCAUGUGCUAUCAAGUUCAGAAAACCAAGUUACGAACGACUAUAACAGUCUUAUCACAAGGAGUUUCAUUGAGAGUUGUGAAGACGGUGGUAACGAUAGUGAUUGUAAUGUAAAUUUCAAGUUGCGAGAACUCACAUCAGUUGAAAGCUGUACGAAACAAGAGCAAUGGAGGGAAAGUUGUGGAGUGGUGGAAACCAUCUCAGAGGAGACUGAUGUGCUGGCCACUAAAAUGUGUUCCAAAGCGGAAACAAACGAUAAGAAAGUUGAGCGCAAAUGGAUUUGCGAGAUCUGUGAGAAAGCUUUUCGCAAUUCUCGGACUCUCCGAGAACAUGGGGUAGUUCACACUGGGGCCCGAGAUUUCCCAUGCAGUGUAUGUGGCAAAGCAUUUGGCACAGCUGCAAAUAUGCGAAUUCAUUUGUUGACUCACUCUGAUCAAAGACCAUUUGAGUGUCAGACAUGUGGUGCAACCUUUCGACAAAAAGAUAGUCUGAAGGUUCAUGUGCGAAAGCACACAGGAGAGCGACCGUUUAUCUGCACAAUAUGCAACAUGUCUUUUGACCGAAGCUUUACUUUAAAAAAUCAUAUGCUAAAGCAUGUUGAAAAGUCUUUUGUUUGUUCUGUUUGUGGAAAAGCAUUUGCAACAAGGGCCGGGUUGAAUAAUCAUGAGCGUUUGCAUUUUAAAGAUCCUGCUAAAUCUAAAAAGGAGCAUUCCCCGCGUGCAAAAUCGGGAACAGGGAAUUGGAUUUGCGAUGAAUGUGGAAAGAUAUAUUCUUCUCGAAGCAAUUUGAAGUUACAUAAAAAGUCUCACGAACCUACCCAGAUUUCCCAUGUUUGUCCUGUCUGCUCUCAGUCUUACAAGAGCAGGGAUAGCAUGGAGGUGCAUAUGAGGAGACACACCGAAGAGCGACCUUUCAAAUGCCCUAUGUGCCCUAGGUCGUUUUAUCGAAACUACACAUUAAAAAUUCAUUUUUUGACUCACACAGGUGAGAAGCCACAUUGUUGUCCCAUAGAGGGAUGUAAGAAAUCUUUUGCUCAGACCUCAAGUUUAUCGUAUCACAUAAGGAAUCACAAGAAGCGAGAGGAACGUGCACUGAACCAAAGCAACAGCAAGCGGCCUUACAGGAAAAAGAGUCAAGUACAGGAAAACUUUCCUGAUGAAUAUAUGGUUACAUCUGAUACCAACUUCAGAAGCAAUCCAACAAAAACCUGCAAAACUUUUGAAUCCCAGACUGAGGUUGUUCAUGACUUGAAACUUGGUUUAGGUUCUUUGUUGCCAGAAAGUAUUACUUCAGCUGCAAUGAUCAACGCAUCUGACACCAGCAGUGUAACAUCAAUGCUAGAUGAUAUUUCAAAUAGUUUAUCUCAUCAGAUUGGCCAUACCCUUCCUUCUGUUUGGGACGAUAGUGAAAGUAUUGCAAUAUUAGAUUUACAAAAUGAUGCGCAACACCCCAACCUUGAGGACCCUUCUAUGGACCUAAACUGCCACCAAAUGCCACUCAUGCAGUAUGUUCCUGUCCCACCAGAAACACUGCCUUUACUAGUUAGUGUACCAGACAGUGUUUUAUACCAUCAUGAGAGUGCUCAUAAACCAAUGUCUGACAAUUCCAUCUUACUUCCACAUUUACCUUAAUUUUAAGGGUUGUCUUUUUAAGUUGUCAAUUUAUUUGCAUUCCUAUUCAUAGGGCCAUAUUAGUUUUAUGUGUAUAUUCAAUGUAUAUAAAUAUAUAGUGUUCUCCUUUUUUUGUUGGUAAGUAUUAAGUAAGGCUAUCCCACCAAGAACAACUUCAGUAAGCUGAAAAUUAUUACUAGGUUUGUAGUGCACUCUUCCCACAAAUAUGUUUAUUCAUGGCUGUGAUAAUUUUUUGUAUUGGUUCCUGAUUCUGUAUCCAUAGAAUCCAAGGACAGUGAAAGACCUUCAUGAUUGAAGAAGCCCGGUUUAAUUUAUGCUAGUGAUCAAGUUUUUCCAGGUUGGGGUACAUUAUCAUUGUUAUACACUGGUAUUUAAGUACCUAAUCCUCGCUCUAGCAUAAUGUUUUCACAGUCGUAGGCAAUUCAUUGUGACAGCGGGUCAUUGUAGUUUUAUAGCAUAGAUAUGUCAAAGUGGAGCUCAUGAGUCCUUACUGCGAAACUAUAAGUUGAAAAGAGUAAGAGAGUUGGUGUCAGUUGAUGAUCAUGUCAAUAAAUUGGCAACACGGGUGGACUUCAUACUUUAUAUAUUUAAACCUAUAUAUACAAAACAACAAAUAAAUAUUUUUGUAAAAUUAAAAACGAUUUGAGGAUUAAAAGCAGAGGCAUUAUUUUUGCAUUUA